AGCCGAUGUCGUCCCAGCCACGCGUGUCCUGGUGGAAGCGCUGCAUGGAGCGCAUGUUGGCGGAGCAGCGCUCGAAAGCGGUACAGGGGGCUGCAGGCAAGAUGCUGCCCAUCACAGAACACCUGCUGCACCUCCUGGGACUGGAGAAGACCGCCUUCCGCUUGUACGCGGGCUCUGCGCUCCUCCUCUCCCUGCUCUUCGUCUUCUUCCGCCUGCUGCUGCGGUUCCUGAGGCUCUGCUGGCGCUUCUACGACACCUGCCGCCGGCUGCGCUGCUUCCCUCAGCCGCCCCGGCGCAACUGGCUGUUGGGCCACCUGGGCAUGUAUCUUCCCAAUGAAACGGGCCUCCAAGAUGAGAAGAAAGUGCUGGACAAUAUGCACCAUGUGGUCCUGGUAUGGGUUGGACCUGUCCUGCCACUGUUGGUUCUGGUACACCCUGACUACAUCAAACCCUUGCUGGGUGCCUCAGCUGCCAUUGCCCCCAAGGAUGACCUUUUCUAUGGCUUUCUGAAACCUUGGCUGGGAGAUGGGCUCCUGCUCAGCAAAGGUGACAAGUGGAGCCGGCACCGCCGCCUGCUGACACCUGCCUUCCACUUUGACAUCCUGAAGCCCUACAUGAAGAUAUUCAACCAGUGCACCAACAUCAUGCAUGCUAAAUGGCGGCGCCUGGUGGAGGGCUCAAUGGUCUCGCUUGAUAUGUUUGAGCAUGUCAGCCUCAUGACCCUGGACAGUCUUCAGAAAUGUGUCUUCAGCUACAAUAGCAACUGCCAGGAGAAGAUGAGCGAUUACAUCUCAGCCAUCAUUGAGCUGAGUGCGCUAGCGGUUCGACGCCAGUAUCGCCUGCACCACUAUAUCGACUUCAUCUACUACCUCACGGCAGAUGGGCGGCGUUUCCGACAGGCCUGUAACACUGUGCACUCCUUCACCACGGAAGUCAUCCAGGAGCGGCGGCAGGUGCUACGCCAGCAGGGGGCUGAGGCCUGGAUGAAGUCCAAGCAGGGCAAAACCUUGGAUUUCAUUGAUGUACUGCUCCUGGCCAGGGAUGAAGAUGGGAAGGAACUGACCGAUGAGGACAUCCGAGCUGAGGCGGACACCUUCAUGUUUGAGGGUCAUGACACAACGUCCAGCGGGCUCUCAUGGGUGCUGUUCAAUUUGGCCAAGUACCCCGAGUACCAGGAAAAGUGCCGGGAAGAGAUCCAGGAAGUCAUGAAAGGCCGCGAGCUGGAGGAGCUGGAGUGGGAUGACCUGACCCAGCUGCCCUUCACCACUAUGUGCAUCAAAGAAAGCCUACGCCAGUUCCCACCUGUAACCCUGGUCUCCCGUCGCUGCACAGAGGACAUUAAGCUCCCAGAUGGGCGCAUCAUCCCCAAAGGAAUCAUUUGCCUGGUCAGCAUCUAUGGGACCCACUACAACCCCACAGUGUGGCCUGACUCCAAGGUGUACAACCCCUAUCGCUUUGACCCGGACAACCCACAGCAGCGCUCACCGCUGGCCUUUGUGCCCUUCUCUGCAGGACCCAGAAACUGCAUCGGACAAAGCUUCGCUAUGGCCGAGAUGCGCGUGGCAGUGGCGCUCACGCUGCUGCGCUUCCGCCUGAGCGUGGACAGAACGCGCAAGGUGCGGCGGAAGCCCGAGCUCAUCUUGCGCACGGAGAACGGCAUCUGGCUCAACGUGGAGCCGCUGCCUCCGCGGGCCUGAGUGCAGGAGCGCCCCUGCGGAGCUGCCUCGAAGUCCAGGCUCCGUCCGCUCCUGGAGGGCCGGGCUCCUCCACCGAGCAGCUUGUAGGUGCAGGCCACGCCCCUCAAGACCGGGCCCCGCCUCCUGAGGAUCUGAUCCCGCCCCUUGAGGUCAAGGUCCCGUCCCCUGAGUGCUCAUUCCUGCCCUCUUGGUUGAAGGACCAGGCUAGGCCAAGGCCCCUCUGGCUCAGACUCCGCCCCCAGCAUUCCACGGAUUCAGGUCUUCAGGCCCCACCCACCGAGCCUUCUCAGGACCUAAGACCAGACAUCUAAGGCGUCCUGGAUUAAAGCUCGGACCCCCGCGGAUCCCGACUGGGUUCAAAAUGGAGGAUUUGGGAACUGGAGUUCGAGGUCAGAGCCUUGAGCCUGUACAUCAUCUUCCUGAGGCCCCCAGCUCAGAUGGGCGAACUUCUCAGGGAUCAGGAUACAUCCCAGGGCCGGGCUGUUUGCUUUUGUUGUUUUGUAAACUCAGACCAUCCCUCGCAAGCCCCUUCCUUCCUCCCUUGCUCAAAGGCCCUUUGCUAGGUGUUCUGAUUUUGGUAGAAUAAAAGCAAGGGAUACAGGUAUCUUCCACCAUCCACCCUCUAGCCGGACCAGAUCCUGACACCCGGAGGCCAGCAAGGAAACGAAGGGCUCUGAACAGUUGGGAGGCGGCUGAGGGAAGCUGUGGGCUAGGAGGCUGGAAAGCCAUUUGUCCUCAGACUUUACAUAAACUCAGAGUUUUGGGGACAGUUUGUGUAUUCACUUAUUUUAUCAACAGACUUAAUUGUCUGCUGACACUGGGUCAGGAGCACAGCUGGCCUGAUUCCUGCCUUUUGGGGGGGACACAUGUUGAACAAAUAAUUCUACAUAAUAAUGUUUACUUAAACCUGUGACAAGUGCUGCAAGGGAGAGGUCCUUGGUGUUGGGUGAUUAUAAGGGUGGGUGUUGGUAGCUCAGGGACACCCUCUCUGACUCUGAGUGGGAAGUAUAAUUUGCGUGGUGAUAAGGGAGAGAAGAGCAUUCCAGGCAGAAGGAACAGCAUGUGCCAAUGUCCUGAGGUGAGGGGGAGCAUGGUGUGCUUGAGGAACUCACAAGGGGCCAGGGUGGCUGGACCUGGGGGCUGGGGGCAGAAUGGAGGAAGGGUGGGCAUGGGCCAGCCAUGCAGGAACUGUGGGCCAUAUCACAGCUCAGGCCUUAUGCUAAGAGCAAUAGGGAGCUAUAGAGGGUAUGCGAGCAGGGACAAGACAGGUCAUAAUCAGAUCUGGGUUGGCAGGGAGGUGGCUUGGAAGGGGGAUGGGGGGGCU